GCAGAGGAGAUUCAAACAGUGGGAAAGCGACUCGGCUGCUGCGUGGUGCGUGCCGAAAUGACGACCCUAGUUCUGGAUAAUGGAGCUUACAACGCCAAAAUCGGUUACAGCCAUGACAGUGUCUCGGUUAUUCCCAAUUGUCAGUUCAGAUCCAAAACAGCACGUCUUAAAACAUUUACUGCUAACCAGAUUGAUGAAAUAAAAGACCCUUCAGGACUCUUUUACAUCCUUCCUUUUCAAAAGGGAUACUUGGUGAAUUGGGAUGUCCAACGACAAGUUUGGGAUUAUCUUUUUGGAAAAGAAAUGUAUCAGGUUGAUUUUUUAGAUACUAAUAUUAUUAUAACAGAACCAUAUUUUAACUUCACUUCAAUCCAAGAAUCAAUGAAUGAGAUCCUAUUUGAAGAAUAUCAGUUCCAAGCAGUAUUAAGAGUAAAUGCCGGCGCGCUCAGCGCACACAGGUAUUUCCGAGAUAACCCUUCUGAGCUGUGCUGCAUCAUUGUUGACAGUGGCUAUUCCUUCACGCACAUUGUUCCUUACUGUAGAAGCAAAAAGAAAAAAGAAGCAAUUAUUCGGAUAAAUGUGGGUGGAAAGCUCUUAACGAACCAUCUAAAAGAGAUCAUAUCCUACAGGCAGCUGCAUGUGAUGGAUGAAACUCACGUGAUUAAUCAAGUGAAAGAAGACGUAUGCUACGUGUCUCAGGAUUUUUACAAAGACAUGGACAUUGCCAAGCUAAAAGGAGAAGACAAUACAGUGAUGAUUGACUAUGUUCUGCCUGACUUCAGUACAAUUAAAAAGGGCUUUUGUAAGCCCAGAGAAGAGAUGGUGCUGAGUGGGAAGUAUAAAUCUGGGGAACAGAUUCUUCGCCUUGCCAACGAGAGAUUUGCUGUGCCAGAGAUACUGUUUAACCCCUCUGAUAUCGGCAUUCAGGAGAUGGGGAUCCCAGAAGCCAUUGUCUACUCAAUCCAAAACCUACCUGAAGAAAUGCAGCCACAUUUUUUUAAGAACAUCGUUUUGACGGGAGGAAAUUCCCUUUUCCCCGGAUUCAGAGAGCGUGUUUACUCAGAAGUUCGGUGUUUGACGCCAACAGACUAUGACGUUUCUGUCGUGCUGCCUGAGAACCCCAUCACGUACUCCUGGGAAGGUGGGAAGUUGAUAUCCGAAAACGAUGACUUUGAAGAUAUGGUGGUUACAAGAGAAGAUUAUGAAGAAAAUGGACAUAGUGUCUGUGAAGAGAAAUUUGAUAUUUAAGAGACAUUUCUGAAUAAUAGUCUUGGAAAGUUUAUUUCAAAGUUCCUGUUAUAGGAGGCUAGGACCUAACUAUGUUACUUUUCAUUGUAAGAUAAAGUUUACUUAUGUAAAUAUUCCGAGUCAUGGCUGGUGUGCACAGGCUUCUUAUGUGGGUUAUUACAGUAAACUAAUUCAGCCAUGUUUCAUUCCGUAGUUAGACUACUAAAUAAUACUUACACUGUUCCUGAGAAUAGAUUCUUUUUCAUGAGAAAGUGAAAGAGCAAAUGUUUAAUUCUUCAUACUUGAACACACAAACUGAAAUAUCUCACCCACCAGUUUUCCUUAAAGAUACUUUGUGUAGUUUUGACUGUGCUUAACUAAAGUAUUUGCAGACUGUUAAGAUUCUGUUUAGAACUAAGUAUUUUAUUUAAAGUUUGUUAUUCUUAUUUGUACAUAAUAAAAUUUGAAAUAUCAAUAUUAAA